AUGUUGAAGGAAAAAAAUGUCAAGAAGAAGGAGCUUGGCGACAAGGAGUUUGAGGCCAUGAAAAAGGCAUACUUUGAGGCGGCUGAGCAAAAAGCUCCCUUUGGUAAAUCCGCUUCCAAGGCGAGAUUCAGCGAUAUCCCUGGUUGGGGCUCGGGUUCGAAAGUUCAAGCUGGCCAUUUCAUGACCUUGAACAUCGUCUUCAAGUACGCAGACCUCAGGGAUCUGUUUUUCAACCACACUGCCACAGGGAAGAUACUCGCUAUCGCCAAGAGAACCUUGACCAGUACAACAAAUAAGUUGGCUAAAUAUCGCGACUGGGUCCAAUACGUCGAGGAGAUCGAGCUUUUCGGGAGACGGCCAUCAGGAAAUCCUUUCCUCGGCGUUUUUACAUCUACACGUCAAGCCCAGCUACGGAUUCUUCCGCCGGCCAAUGAAGGUAGCCCGCGUCGUCAAACCCGCAGUCAGGCUAGAGGAGGCGCUCAAAGAAGCCCCUCCCCGGAAAGCGCACGAAAACGCCAGAAGACUGAUUCUUCCACGGAUAUGGUAUCGACGUCUAAAGUCCCGUCUCCGCUACUCCGAUCCAUCGCUACCGACCGCGAAACCCUUUCGGAUGUGACUCGUAAGUUGGCGAAGUUGCACCUGGACGACAGAUAUGCUGAGUUCGGGUCAAACGUUAGCACCACGAGGAAACACUUGAAGGAAAUUUCCGAUGAGACCGACACCUCUAUCGGCACUUCAGCACUUGUGAAAGAAUGGUCUCCAACCUCUCCUACUCUAGCAGAUCAGCCCGAAGGGGGCAUAUCAGAAGACAAUGUGAAUGCAUCAUUUGUCUCUCUUUUGAGCGAGAUAUGCCUAUCGCUCAAGUCUCCCCUGUCAUGGAUAGUAGACAAGCCUAAGUUCAGGUUCUGCAAGGGCAAGGCGGAAAUUGUCGCGUUUGCGGAUGGCCAGCUUAGAGGGAAUCCCGAAGAUCUCAAGUUUCCGUACGUAAUACUUGAGGUCAAGCCAUACCACUUGCGGUCAUCCCAUUUCGGAUCUCUGAUGAGACAAAUCGGCAUGGAAAUGGUUACCUGGAUUUCUCACUGCGAGCAGGCUAAGAAACCGCAGCGCCGAUAUGUCCUGGCUGGUCAGUUUGGCUUCGAGAUGUGGAUCAUACUCGCAGAGCCUACGCCUCAGUACCUGAAGUUCCUGAUAAAUGGCGGUGAAAAAAGGCCCAGAGCGUUUCUCCAUAUCCACUUGCACGGGCCUCUCAACAUCUUCGAGAGUGGAGAUAUGCUUCUCUUCGGGUUUUUAAUAUCCGCGAUCACUCACGAAAUCUCCAAGGAAGUGGUCCCAGGCUAUGACGCAGACAGAAAGAAGGAGGAGAGAUCCUGA